CCUCCCUUUCAUUAUUUUUAUAUAUUCCUAUAAGCAUGUGUCAUGUCUCAUGAGUUUGAUACAUUUAAACAAAUAAAUGCCUUCUUCUGUCUACAAAUAGGAAUAUAAUUCGUUUUUCUUUUUUUUAAGUACUUUUUCCAAUGGCAAUAGUUCUUAGAUCACAUCAUUUUCUGAUACUUCUCUAUGUUUCCUAUAUUCUCUUGGCCCUUGCUCAAGAUGAAAAGGGCUUCAUCUACAAUGGCUUCCAUGAUCAAGCCAAUCUGGGUCUUGAUGGAAUUGCAGAAAUCCACCCCAAUGGUCUAUUGCAGCUAACCAACCUUUCACAAGAACAAGUUGGUCGCGCUUUCUAUCAGUUUCCAAUAAAGUUCAACACAACAAAUUCAUCAUCUCUUUCAUUUUCUACCAACUUUGUGUUUGCCAUGGUUCCUAAUUUGCCAAAUCUUGGUGGUCAUGGCAUUGCCUUCACCAUCACACCCUCGACAAACUUCACCCAUGCUCUAGAAAAUGGGUAUCUGGGCCUUUUCAAUGAUUCAAAUAACGGCCUUCUUACAAACCACAUCUUGGCCAUUGAGCUUGAUACUGUUCGUGACUCCGAAUUCAGAGAUCUUGCAAUGAAUCAUGUGGGAAUCGAUGUGAACGGCAUGAAACCAGUUGCAUCAGCCCCUGCAAUGUAUUCUUCCAAUAAAGGAGGGGAAAAUAUAAGCUUGGAUCUCAUGAGUGGGAAUCCAAUGCAUCUUUGGAUAGACUAUGAUGACGCAGAGAUGUUACUCAAUGUAACACUCGCCCCAACUACAAUCCCAAAACCAGACCGGCCGCUGUUGUCAACACCCAUUGAUCUGUCUGAAAUUCUCUUGGAAUCCAUUUAUGUUGGUUUCUCUUCUGCCACAGGUACAGUUACAAGUUACCAAUAUAUUCUUGGAUGGAGCUUUAAUAAAAGUGGACCAGCACAAAGCCUUGAUGUUUCAAGCCUACCACCACUUCCAGGGAGGAAAGGGAAUGAGAAACCAGGCCUAGUGAUCAUUUCUUCUCUCAUAGCAGUACCACUUGUGCUGAUAACAUUCGUCAUCGGAGCUGCUGCUUACAUUUGGAGGAGGACGAAAUAUGAAGAAGUACCAGAAGAUUAUUGGGAAGAGGAGUAUGGUCCCCACAGGUUCAGCUAUAAUAAUCUCCACAAAGCAACCAAAGGUUUCAAAGACACCGAGGUUAUUGGAAAAGGAGGUUUUGGAAAGGUUUAUAUGGGAAUACUUCCUUCGUCUAAUCUACAAAUUGCAGUAAAGAGAGUUUCCCAUGAUUCCAGACAAGGGAUGAAGGAAUUUGUGGCUGAGAUCGUUAGCAUGGGAAGACUGAGGCAUAGGAACUUGGUUCAGCUCCUGGGCUAUUGCCGGCGAAGGGGAGAACUCCUCUUGGUGUAUGAUUAUAUGCCCAACGGAAGCCUUGACAAGUUCUUGUAUAGCAAUGAAAAACCAAAUCUUAACUGGGUUCAACGAUUUAGAAUCAUUAGAGGAGUAGCAUCUGACCUUCUUUACCUACAUGAAGAGUGGGAGCAGGUUGUUCUACACCGAGAUGUAAAAGCAAGCAAUGUUUUAUUGGAUUCUGAAUUAAAUGGAAGGCUAGGAGAUUUUGGGCUUGCAAGAUUACACGACCAUGGUAGCAAUUCCCAAACCACCCGUGUGGUUGGGACUGUGGGUUAUUUGGCUCCGGAGCUUUACAAAACAGGGAGGGCAACCACUUGCACUGAUGUGUUUGCUUUUGGAGCUUUCAUGCUCGAAGUGGCUUGUGGAAGGAGGCCGAUAGAGGACCUGGGACUGCCUGAGCGGGUGAUUUUGAUUGAUUGGGUUGCUGAGUGCUGGAGAAAAGGAGAUAUCCUUGAUGCUAGUGAUCCAAGAUUGGAAGGUAAUUAUGUGGUGGAGGAAAUGGAAUUGGUUUUGAGACUAGGCCUGUUUUGCUCACAUUCAAUACCAGCUGCAAGGCCUAGCAUGAAGCAAGUGAUGCAGUUUUUGGAUGGUGAUGCUGAUAUGGGGGAAUUACUACAUGACAGUGCUUCUUUUCGUUCAUUUAAAAGUAAUGAAUCAUCUGAUUUCACGUCAUUUCUUUUUUCUCAAGGUUUUGCUCCUUCCAUGUCUACCACUUAUUUAAUCUCGAGAGGUGGUAGCUUAUAG